AUGGCUUCCACUGAAGGCAUUACAUCCCUUAACAUCAAGAAGAAGGAGAUAGUCUCACAGGUUCCCUCCUUCAUAUAUGUAUACAGCGAUGGCUCCGUUGAACGCCCCAGAGACUACCCAAGAAUUCCACCCUCACCGAAAGACCCUGCAACUGGUGUCUCGUCUAAAGAUGUUGUCUUCUCAAACGACCCUCACCUCUCUGCUCGACUUUUCCUUCCAAAACUAACACAAUCCAAUCACAACCAAAAACUCUCCAUCUUAGUCUACUUUCAUGGCGGUGCAUUUUGCUGUGAAUCAGCCUUUGCAGCGCACCACCACAAAUACUGCAACAUCAUAGCUUCUCAAGGUAAUGUUUUGAUUGUUUCCAUUGAGUACAGGAAGGCUCCACAGCAUUUUCUCCCAACAGGUUAUGAUGACUGUUGGGCUGGUCUCUAUUGGGUUGCCUCUCAUGCCACCGAAAACCCCACCAUUACAAACAGAGAACCAUGGCUCAUAAAUCAUGGUAAUUUCAACAAGAUUUUCAUAGGGGGUGACAGCAGCGGUGGUAAUAAUGUUCAUAACAUUGCCAUGCGUGCUGGGGUUGAAACUUUACCUGGUGGUGUCAAACUAUAUGGUGCUUAUCUUAACCAUCCUUACUUUUGGGGUUCAAAACCAAUUGGGUCUGAAUCUGUUACAGGGUUGGAGGAGUCCUUGGCGUCUCUGGGUUGGAAAUUCGCGUACCCUGAUGCGCCUGGUGGGAUAGAUAACCCCAUGAUCAAUCCAUUGGCUCCUGGGGCACCCAGCUUGGCUACACUUGGGUGUUCUAAAAUGCUAGUUACUUUUGCUGGUAAGGAUCCCUUUCGAGACAGAACAGUAUUGUAUUGUGAAGCUGUGAAGGAGAGUGAGUGGGAAGGGGAAGUGCAACUCUUUGAACAGGAAGAAGAGGAGCAUGUUUAUUAUAUGUUCGAUCCGGAAACUGAGCAAGCCAAAAGAUUGAUAAAAGUCGUGGCUGAUUUUCUUCACCAGUGA